AUGGAUGAAGAAUGGCAUACUGGCAGCUUCAAGAAUAAAAGGAAGGGUCAAUCUCUUAAAAGAAACAACUCCAUCCCAACAACUCAGGAGGCAAAAUCUCCUACAGGUAUAACAGUCCGUAUUUUCAAUGCCAACUCAGGCUUCACUGCUAUAAAUCCUUCUUCCAACUUAAACGAUGCCAAGGAUCCCUCUAACCUUGAGACGCAAGUGUCGUCUGGUACAAAUACUCAUACACCACAGAUCCCAAACAAUGGAAAAUCUUCCACCAUUCCCUCUUCAAAUGCCCAACCCUCCAACCUACUAUGUUCAAACUCCACCACCUCAAAAUCACCAGCCUUUUUCAUGGCUAGAACUGGGCCUGAUGGAUCUCAUCAACACGAUGAGAGGCCAGUGGAACCUUCCACACCACUUCAAUCCCAUUUCUCUGCAACACAUGUCCAUGGACAUGCCCUUCUUUCCUCUAGAGGAGAUAGCCAUCCUCAUCCCGGUGUUCAUGCCUUGGGACUCCCAGAACAAUUGAGUUCCAAACACUGCUCACCCCCCUCAAAUACCACCACAGCACCCACCCAUGCCUCAUCAUCCACCACCAAUGGCACAACAACCUCUAGUUCACUCACUUCCACCACUAGUGCUAGAACAAGGCCCAGAAGAAUCAAUGGUGGAAGAACAAGAAGAUGUUGUCAACCUGAUACCGGAACCGAUAGUUGUAAUUUCAAGCCUAAACGAAGUAAAAGUUUUUCUCUUCACGGAGAUGCAAUAGCAGAGGCAUAUUCUCAACUGCCCAACUGCACUCUUCAAAUGCUCAAUGGACAUCCGUCCCUCUCAGGAUCCGACUGUAGGGUCCUAUGCAAUGAUCCUUGUUCCCUUCCUAAGGAGGAACCCAGUAAGGGGGAGGAUAGUAAUGGAAAACGGGAAUCAUCCAUCCAUGAAUAUCAACAUGAAUCGAACCACUAA